GCUAAUCCUAUUAUUUGCCAUUUUAACACCUUUAUUCUUUUAAAGUCAAAAUGGACACAUACAUCAUCGAAAACGACAUUCUAACCAAUAAUCUCAAUGAAACGCAUGCAGAUAACCUUCAUACAAAAACGAUUGAGCAUGAAUCUAUGGUUGAUAAGAACAUUCAAACACCAGAAGAUACUGUUCAUUCUAUCGAUCUUGUUUUUAACGAUGAAAAAGAUUUUGUAAAUGAUGAUCAGAUGGAUUUAGAGAAUGACCAAAAUGACGAAAAUUUGUUAAACUUGCUUCAGGAAAAAAAACAUAGACACAAGCGUCCGCAGAUAUACAAUAAAACUAUUGCAAACCAGGUUGAGAUUCCUUUGCAAGGGAAAUUAAGCGAAGAAGCUUUUCCUGGGUUUUAUAAAGAGGUGGGUUACAAAGUAAAUAUACCCAAAGUUCGUGUUGUCCUACCGAAAAAUAUUCCAAGACUUGUGCAUAAUUGGGAACCUGCUAACUUUCACCAAGAUGGUGAAAGCGAUGAUGAAUUUGAAAUGUCAACUUGUACUUUUCCUAUUUAUAAGGAUGAUGAUGACAACAAAAUCUUCUACUCCAAGUUCAAGAAUGGCUAUCCCGACUUUAAAGGUGACGUUACAUCCUGCUUUGAUGAACCGAACCUUCUCUAUCGUAUCAUCAAUCAAGACGAAAAAAUUUGGGCGUUUUAUAACGAUACUCUGAAACAUGAAAUGCACAUUAGCGUUGUAUUUGGGAAGCGCUCUAAUAUCCAGCCUCUGGGCGCGACUACCAUGCAAAAAAAUAUAAAAAAUGAAUAUAAAUGUGAACUGGUUGUGCAUCCCACUGAGACAGCGAUGUUUGUAAAAGGCUCUGUGAAUGGUUUCAGAAGCAGCAUACGUGCCUUGCCCUUGACUGAUGAUUACCACAAGGCUCAUCAGCGUAUAACUGAUAAUCAUAUUGCAAAAGAAAUCAAGCAGAUUCGCGAGAUAUGUGAAAGUGAUAAGGCAGAAGAAGUCUUGCAAGCAUGCCUUAUCUGCAAGCUCCCCUUUGUAGAUCCCGAAUUCCCACCAUGUCAGCAAUCACUUGAUUCAGGUGCGGAAAAGCCAUCACAGCCCUUUGCCUGGGCCCGUCCAUCCAUGUAUCUUCCUGAAGAAAUGAUUGACCAGGUACGCCUGUUCCGUUACCCUGUAAAACCUGGUGCGACUUAUCGCAGUGAACUCGGAGACUCGUGGGUAAUGUGUGCAGUGGCUUCUGUAUCAGAAUUCCCAAGCCGUUUGAUGAAUAUGUUUCGCCACCCAGAUGGAAAAGAAGAAGCUCUAAAAGAGCGAGCUAUCGGUGCGUACCGUGUGAUGUUCAUCAAAAAUGGAUGGUGGCGCAGCAUUAUUGUCGACGACUAUUUGCCUAUUUCAGCUGGUCGCCCAAAGUUCGCUCGCAGCGUUCUAGACGACGCUGAGAUUUGGCCAUGUAUUCUCCAGAAGGCGUUUGCAAAGUUACACGGGGGCUAUGGAGCAAUCUGCAGUGGGGACCCUCUUUUGGCGAUUCAAGAUAUGACAGGUUUUCCUAGCACUCGUCUCGAUACCAUGCUUUCUGGAUCCAUUUCCUCAGCUAUCAAAGUAUUUGAAAUAGUAAAGAACGCGUUAGGUGAUGGAUCUCUCGUUGUUUUCAAUACCCCUGGCAAGAACCCCAUCUUGGACAGUAACAGUGAUUUGACAAAAGAAUACCAUCAACUGGGUCUGAUCACUGGUAAUGCCUAUGCAGUUAUUGAUUCUCGACACUUUCCCGAAAUAAAUGUAUACCUUGUUAAGAUACGCAAUGCAUGGGGACUUGAAUUCACGUGGAACGGUGAAUGGAGUGACGAGAGCAAAAAGUGGGAGGAAUACCCCCAUAUUGCGAAAGCAUGCAACUUCAAAGGCUCCAAUGAUGGAACCUUCUGGAUGGACUUGGAAAGUGUCCUAAAGUACUUCAAUGGGGGUGGAGUGUGUGUUUCUCAGAGCCCAUGCUAUGAUUAUCGGAUCGACUGCACCUUUUACAAUCGUGUGCCAUCAACAGUGUUGGAAAUCGAACUGAAGUAUCCGACACGGUUUCUAUUUAUGAUUCUCUUGGAAGACAAACGCGGAAAGAAGGGUUCGACCGAGUAUCAGCCAACAAUGAUUAGUAUUGCAGCCCCGUUAGAAGAGGAUACGUACGAAAUCAUUCUGAAUUCUACCGCUGAUGCGUACUACCCAAGUCAGAAAAAGUGGUCCUUUACCCAAGCACGCGAUGUUUCCCUUUUUUAUACACUUGAUGCAGGUAAGUAUAUCGUUAUCCCGCGUCUUAUGGAAACUGAAAAUCAACCUGAUGAAGUCCCAUUUAUUUUAGGCAUGAUAACCAACAGGGAAGUUGGAACUAAUGAUCUAAUGGUAAAUUUCAAAUUCAUGGAUUUUAAAAAUCCUGUAUUUUCUGAUUUCCCGGAGUUUGAGCCAGAUUUGCAAACCAGCGUUGUGGAAGUGCAUUACCAAAAACGUCCACCAAGUUCUGAGUUCCCAGUCGCUGAGAUUGGAUUUUGUAUUCAAUAA